AUGAGGCAGGCGGCAAGUGGAGGGCAUAUCUGUGUGGUUGACCUAAGCGACACCAUCGACAACGAUACUGACGCUUCGCUGUGGCUUGGUCUGCUCAACGUCGCCAAGCGGGAGCAGGGCAAAGAUGGCGUGCUUGCCGUAUGGGACGUGCUUCAAAGCCGGAAGGCAUUGCGCGCCGCAGACGGCGAAGACGCAGAGCCCCUCUGGGCGAUGAUUCUGGAGGUUUUCAUGGAUGAUGAGAGCCAACUUCAGCGCGUCGUCUCGUACGCCGAGUGGAUGCUCGAGGCUCACUCUGCCCGGUGGCCGUCUCUAUAUCCAACAAUUGUCUCCCAAUGCCUCCGCAACGGCCAAUACCGAAGAGCGAUGCGAUGGCACAUGCGCCUGAUGCCCAACUUCGACCCCGGCCUGGAAGCUUUCGGCACCAUGCUCUGUCGAUUCAUUACAAACACCGAGGCUGGUUUGCAGCAGACCUUGAAGUCGCUGUAUGUUUCGACUUGCCACCACAGCCUCUACGACGACGUCGUCCCCCUGCUGUAUGAGAGCGGGCUCUCCCAGCUCUGCGCGGAGUGGCGCGGCCUGUUCCUUCUCUAUGGCGACGUACCAAAUCACGCCGUCAAGUCUAAGCCUUACCUGACAUUUCUCACUCGUUACUACCCAGGCACGCCUCUCAAGUUGGAGGAACAGUUGGUACUGGAAGGGAGUAUACCGGUGCGCUGGGGCAUGCAGCGUGAAUCCCUGCUGGAUGUAAUGGACGCGAUACGUUGGGCGCGCGUUGGUUUGCAAGCUCCUGGCUACCUCUAG